GCCUAGUCUUGGGACAGCUUCUCACUCAUCAUCACUAUAGCUUAACCAACUGGGAAACUAACUCACCUGCAAUCUCUCCAACCAAAUAACUACCAACAUUUUGGCUACUGCCAUCUGACAAUGGAAACCCAGCAAAGAUACGGACACCAUUCACUUUGCCACACCUGCCGGAGAACGGAGAACAGCAGAAUGAAGAUCAAGAGGAUGUCUUCAACGAGUCGCGCGCUACUCUUUGCACUGGCCCUGACGCUCUACGCUGUGGAAAUGGCCUCGGCGGAGACGCUGUGUGGGGGUGAACUGGUGGAUGCGCUGCAGUUCGUCUGUGGAGACAGAGGCUUCUAUUCAGUAGGUAGGCCAACCAGCAGGACUAACAGCCGGCGACCGCAGAACGGUGGGAUCGUAGAGGAGUGUUGUUUCCGUAGCUGUGACCUCAACCUACUGGAGCAGUACUGUGCCAAACCUGCCAAGUCUGAAAGGGAUGUGUCAGCCACCUCUCUACAGGUCAUACCCGUGAUGCCCGCACUAAAACAGGAAGUUCCGAGGAAACAGCAUGUGACCGUGAAGUAUUCCAAAUACGAGGUGUGGCAGAGGAAGGCGGCCCAGCGGCUCCGAAGGGGUGUCCCCGCCAUUCUGAGGGCCAGAAAGUUUAAGAGGCAUGCAGAGAAGAUUAAAGCAGAGGAGCAGGCUAUCUUCCACAGGCCCCUGAUCAGCCUUCCCAGCAAGCUGCCUCCCGUGUUGCUCACCACGGACAACUUUGUCAACCACAAAUGAGCCCGCUGCCAGUCCUUUGCACAGACAAGAGUUUUGAGGGUGAAAAAAAGACUAGGGGAUUAUAGCUUUGUCUCUGACGUCAUUUCUGUGGCAGUCCUCUUUGACCUCCCCUGCCCUGUCUGAGCUCACCAGUCUCUCCCCCUGCACACAUCCACUACGUCGUGAACCCUGGUCCUUUUCUAAUGCUCUCCCCCCUCAACCCCCAUCGACCCACCCUCUUCCGGCACACAGACAUGCCUUCACAUUCUUCCUGUCUGAACUCUUUCUCUCCCACUCUCUUUCAGUCACUGAUACAAAAGGCAAAGACACAAAUGUCGAACAAAAAGUUAACAAUUCAGCUGAAUGCAGUUCAGGUGGAUCUUUAAGCAAAAGACAAAAAGAGAAGGGAAAAAGAAGAUGAAAGAGAUCUGUCAUUUGCAAGUGUCAAGAGGACACCUAGCGGAAUGUUUUUUGUCCUUGUGGAAGACAACUGAAAGUGAAGAGCAACUUGCAUGAAAGAAUCCA